AUGUCGGUCAGCUGGGACCCCGAUCCCGAGCGUACACCCCCAUCAGGGUCCCAUAUCACAUCCAACCCAACUUUCUCGUCGUUCUUUGAUCCCGAUUUCAGCAUGAAUCACGGUCCAAUCGGUACGGUCACUAGGAAGAGGCAGUACGGGGAGUGGAACCGUUUUGGCCCCAGGCAAUAUUUGGAUAUACUGCCCUGGGCGUUGGAGUUGCUCGAGCCUGGACACUCGGGACGGGCGAGCACGACAGACAAGGCCUCGCGCCUAAUGCCAUUGCACCCGCCUGUCCGACAACCUAGCCGCGACGAGGGGACAGUAGAAGAUGGCACCGCGCCAUUUCCCUUGGCAUCCUGGCUGGGGCGACAGAUUGUCGAUAAUGCCCUGACUCGACGGCCAAAUAUAAGGAAGAGCCAGUAG